AUGACAGAUGUAAAGAAAGUUGGCGUUGUUGAUUUAUUUUCAAAAUUUCAUGUUACACUGAAAGAAGCUUGGUUAAGUGAAGUCCUGAAAUAUCUUCAAGUGGAGAGAGCUGACGCGAAUAUUCCUACAGUAAUUCAACUCGUAUACGAACAGUGGCUUUUUUCGGACUUAUCGAAUAGUACACGUCCAAAAAUACGUCUGCCACCAUUCGAGAAGAAAGCAUCGCUGGACAGUGAUGUUGUUGUUCAGAUAAACUGGCUGGUUGAUAUACACACUUCAAUGUAUUCGAAAUUAAACCAUGUUGAGUGUAAAAUAGAUCACAGUUCUUUCCACUGGGAACCAAAUGAUGGAACUAAGGAUUUGGAUCCAACAAAUCGAAUGUAUUUGAUGGAAGUAACCGAUGGACAAAGAAAAAUGCGCGCUAUAGAGUAUGAGAAAAUUGAUGAGUUAUGUGGAAAAUUGUCACAUGGAACAAAGCUUCUAAUCUACGCCGGUACGAUUUGUCGUCGUAACAUGUUGUUGCUAGCACCAAAUAAUGUGAUGAUAUUGGGUGGUGAGAGCGAAAUAUGUCAACAGAAUGUGUCGGCUCUUAUUGUCGCACGACGGUUAGGAAUUGAUGAAAAGAAACUGAAAUUGAUAGAGUGUGUGAGGAGCGAAGAAUUUGGAAACUCAGUGGAGACAAUGGAAGAAAUAGAAACGGAAAGAGCGGAAGAGGUCCGAACCAUAAUGCCAUCAGUUCUCAUGCGCAAGAAUGUUGUUGCUAACUUAUGUGAAGAGCAAAGUAAAAACACACAUACCAACGAAACAGUAAAAGGACAGAACGCUAGGGAAAAAAGACAGAAGAGACCUGUUUUAUCACGUACUAUAACAUCUUAUUUUCAACCUCAACACAAAGUUCACACUUCCGAAUCAAGUUCAAAAGCGGCAGUGAAAUCUCAGAUGCCACUAGUCGGUCAAGAGAUCAAAGAAGAACCUGAGCCGGGAUAUUUACCGCAGGAUCCACUUCAAAAACAAAGGGGAGAAAUGCAGCCUCCACCAAUAUUACUUCCAAUUGCUGAUUCAAAACAACAAUCGCAGCAUCCAAUAGCAACUAUCGUUUUUCCGCGAGAAUCAAAUGAACCAUCAGCAGAACAAUUAGUACCAUCACGGGCGCUCCGCACACAGAAAAUAAUGAAAGAUUCGGGAAUGCAAUCCGAAUUACAGGAAAUAAUGGGAAAAUCAAUAACCUCAUUGCAGUGUCAGUCGCAGAAUGUUCAAAAUUGUUGUUCUUCACACUUCAAAAUGCAACCAGAAAAGGCUUCUCUUUCAGCUAAAUUAUGGACAAGAAAUUUUGAAACAACUCGGCCACAAGUAGUUGAAGAUAGUAGUUCUACUCAUUCUGCCCGAAAAAUUAAUGCUGUACGCAAUACUGUUGUACUUAGCGGAGAAAGUGAACGAAAAGAAACAACGAAUAAACCACUGAUUCCUAUUCGAUCUAUGGAGAUACAACGAAAUUCCGCAGAUGUGAUUCUGCAUUCAGCUAUUAUUUCCUCAUCAAAUUUUCAGGAACAGACCAUUUGGAAUGCUGAUAAAUGGCAGUAUGCAACCAAUGAGAACAGUAAACAGUUUUUGGCGAAUGAGUUUCAUGUGCCUCCUUCGAAAGUGGAAACGCAAACAAAGGAUGAUGAAAACGCUCUGUCGGCAGGUUCGCCUUCAAUACAUAAGACGAAAAGUCCACGACAAAAUUCGUCGAUAAAACAAGCGUCCUUCGAUUUGCAUGCAGAACGAGCUGUUAGGGGCAAGUGUUUUAAAAUCAUCCAUUACGCAUCAAAUGUUUCUUUUCAACCAGAUAUGGCAUCGUUUCGUUCCGAUAAACCAGCAUCAGGACGAAGUCUUUGUAGGCCACCAGUUAUCAAUCCAGUUCAAUUUCAUGCUUCUCAAAAAUCCUUCACGAAUUCGGAACUCCAGAAAGUUACAGAACAAUCCAUGCAUCGUAAUACUUCCCUUAGAAAUCAUGCAACAUCAUUAGUUUUACCCGACACAACGCUUCAGAUAGUUCCACAUAUAAGUAUCGUAGAGCGCUAUCGAGCUUUGAAUAUUGUAUCGAUAAGGGAAGCUUACUAUCAGCGAAGAUAUUGCCUGGUCGCACAUCGUAAAACAGUGCAGCCUAUUUUUUGCAAGUUGCAUGCUGGUUUGCAAUUUAUUGGACAGAGCUGGACAGCAGCGCUACGUAUCGCUGAUGAAACUUGCGAUGCACUUGACUGUUUAGUGGAUAACGGUGCAAUACGUAAUUUGAUAGGUUUCACACCGCAGGAGGCACAGCAAGCGGCAGCGAGCAAUGAUCGCGUUCGCGUAGCGUACUAUAAAGGGCGUGCUCAAGCGAUGCUUGAAAUAUUCAAACGGCUGGAUUUGGUGCUAACAAUCGAAUUCUCAUCAUCAUCAGAUGUUCUUCCGCUCAUCGUUGAUAUUACUAAUCUUUCAACAGCACUUGGCUUAUGCUAA